GCCCUCUCGUGUUGCAUGGUCAGAGCAGUGUGAGUGUGACUUAGCUGGUGGGCGGUCAAAACAGAAACGGCAUCACAGUCAAUACGUCACAUUAUUCGUUGACGUAUGCAGAAGAUUCAGUUUUCGCUUCCGACGGGCGAGAGCCGACAACUGACAAAAAGUGCAAGUGCAAGUGCAAGAAAGAAUUGUAAUGCCCUCGCGGACUUGCUCGUGUGGCCGUCCCUCACCUCCAAGUCGUCACUCUCAUGGACGGUUCUCUUCUUCCACCUUAUGCCGUAGCGGGCAGCGCUGGCCCCACGGUGGGAGUUCACCGCUUCGGCCGAUGCAUCCUGGUGCAACAACAUUUUCUCGAUGCAACACAUGCAACGUAUGCAGAUGUCUGUCGAGUACCGUGGCGAUAUCCUCCACCUUCCUUUUCUGGGUGGCCCGUGGCUCAUCCUGCGUCUGUUGGUGCUCCUCAGUAUCCCUCUCUUGGCGUCGCCUCUCACGCUGACGCUGACCUGCAGCCCGUCACACAACGCAUUACAUUCCAGUCUGAGUAUGCGGUUGCAAACGUCCAUCCGGACCUCUGCUUUUCUUCUUGAUCUCUGCUGUGCUGUCCUCCCUCGGCUCCCCGCCCGCUGCCAUUUUCUCUUUUUCGGCCUGCACCUCGUCGGUUGCCGGCUUUUCGAGUGCUGCUGCCUUUCUUUUCUUGACCUUCUCGCGGCGCAUCUCCUGCGGAGAAGCAAGACAGCAUGCAGCCAGUGUGGCCGUGCCUGUUGGUGCGCUGCCUAUGCACGUGCCUACUUUGUAUUUGAGGGCUCGCUUAUCCUCAAUGGCAAACUCAACUAUGGGACGCCUGCGCAUCGGGUAAGCACCAGCGCACGUAGAUAUGUGAAUACUAGGCAUUACCACACAUGCUCACUUUUGCUUGGCGAACACGGUGGGGUUGUUGUUGAGGUAGCGGAGGGUUGCCAGCGCCACGCGAUGCCGCCCGAAGUCAACAAACGCAAAACCCUAGAUACAUGCACGUCAACAGUCAAGGAAAGACAUAUGCGGGUGGCUGUGUAUGGGCGGAGGCCAUCCGACCUUCGAUCGUCGCACUUUCUCCUGCCCCAGCGACCCGACAUAGGUCUUGCGGUCUUGGUCUCGGACCAGCUUGACCUUGAUGAUACAGUGAUCAAACAGGUAUCUGCGUGGGCACCAUACUGACGCCUACCCUCUUGACGGACGCCGCCGCUUUCUUCUUGAGCGUCUUGUCAUCCUGCAGGCCGACCGUGUCGACCAGUCUCGCUUGUGGCUCGUCCCACUCAGAUGGAGGUGCCCUGAAUAUGCAGACGAGAAACCAGUCUCAUGUGACUGUGCCGCGGCAUCAUCCCCCGAUCGCACGGCUCGUCACCUGAGAGCUGCCUUGCCCCUGUCGUCACUGGUCAGGAAGGAUGUGAUGGCCGAUCGCAGCCCAUUGGGGUCGACAGACAAGGGCAGAUUGCGAAUAGACAAGCCUGAUAGACAGCAGCACCAGAAAAUAUAACGUAGGAAGGCAAGCACACAUGUCCUCGUGCCCUCUGCGUGUUUACGGAGUGGGUUGAUGGCAUAGUUUGGGUUUUUCAGUUUGACUUUUUUCUCCGCCCAUGCGGCCUCGCGACGCUUCAUGUCGCCCUUGGGCAUGUCUUUGGCAUCCUGGGAGUCGGGCAUGAUAUACCCCUCCUUGGCCAGGCGCAUCAGCCGAUCCUUGGCCUGACGAAGAGCACUAACGGACACGCAUCCCGAUGACAGCGACACACAGAUGAACGAACGCGCGAAUGCUCGAGGUAUUGCAGAUGCUCACGUUCGCUCUUGUCGAUGAGAGUCCAACGUCUCCACUUCAGCAGGGGCGACCUGACCAGCCACGGAGAGUCCGGGGGCAACAGCAGUGGUGCUCAUGGCGUGGUGGGGAGCAAACUGAUCUAUGCUCACCGCUUUGAAGCAGUGUAUCCGUCUGCCCCCCAAGUGGAUGCCCAGCCCCUCCAGCGGCAGAAAGGCGCCAGUCUGCAUAUCCACACGGCGAUCUCUCCUCUUGCCGCCCGUGGUCGCCUUGUCCUCUUCCCCCUUGGCCGAUUGCGUGUCCUUGAGCUUGCUGUUCGCCUCCUGCUCGACGGCCAGGACGCGAUCGGCUGACUGCUGGUGGGCGAACUUGAUGAAGGCCGUGCCCUUCGGCUGACCUGAGGAGGCAAGGAAGCACCACAGCACACACAGAGAUCCGGGAAAGCUUGGUGGGCAUGUGGGCGACGGACCUUGUUUGUCCUUGACUAUGGCCGCGCAGAGGACUCUUCCAAACUGGCUGAAAAGCUCCCUCAGCUGGUCUGAUGUGGCGUCGUACGGCAGGUUGCGGACAAAUAUGGUGCGGCCCUCAGACAGAUCACUGCCCUUCCUGACACCACUAUCCGCCUUGAUCGAGUCGCUGACAUCACCACCACCAGCCUCACCACUCCCCCCCUCCAGCUUGAUGACAGUCCCAUCCGGUUCCUCGUCGGGCUGUUUGGCCAUACCGGCGGUGUCCUCUCCUUUGGCCGCUGAGAGGGCCGCAUGCCUCAUCCGGUCAAUCUCAUCCUGUGUCGGCAUCAUGACGUCGCUGUCCUCCUGUAUGGGCGAGACCUCCUUAUUUGCCACCCUCUGGCGCUUGCUCGGCUGCUCCACUGGCUCUGGCUGGUCGUCUGUCGCUAGCGCGCCAUCGACUGGUUCCUCCUUGAUGCGCACUGUGGGGGAUGUGGAGUGGCCGGGCUGAGCGAGGGCUUGUGCGAGGGGGAACCUGAAUGGCUUCAGGGGCUCCAGCUGAGACAGCAAGGGCUGGAGCUGAAAGAAUGGAGCAGAAAAGAUAGAUUCAAUCGUAUGCGCGAAUGGCUCCUUUCUCUGUCUGUGCGCAAAGUACCUUUUUCCGGUGCUCAUACAGUCGUGAAUCCUGAGCCCAGUCUGCUUUGACCUGACGGCCUACACGCAUGCAAAGGACAUCUUGGCGUCUGUUUCACGUAUUCACGCACCCACUCACUCACCAUUGAGCGUCAGUGGAUGUUCCGUGAUGUGCGCCAAUGCCGCCUCGGCUGACUCGCGACCAGCGAAUUGGACAAAGGCAAAACCCCUAAAUGAAGCAUGGGCAGACGCACACACGGAUGACUAAACCAGAGACAACACUUUGUGCUCACUUGGCUGCAUCGGAUGCGACCUUCUUGGGAACGGUCACCUAGAAAGCAGUCCACUGUCAAUAGACGGGCGACAGCGUGCGGGAAAGUGAUCGCCUACCUCGCUGAUCGUGCCGUGCGUGUCGAGUGCCGUCCGCAGGUCGCUCUCGGUCACAGCGAAGGGCACAUUGCGAAGCAUUAUGCGACCUGAACACAUCAAGAAAACCGACACGGAGGGAUGCAUAAAAGUGUUCGCUGCCGCGUCUGAGCUUAUGGCGUUCCACACCGGCCUUGGCGGAUUUUUGUCCCACGAAAUCAGCCAGCCUGGAAAGCACAACGAUAGCAAGACACAAAAACCCUGAUACACGGGGCAUGUGCCUCUUUUCAUCUUGUUAUCUCACAAAUGUGCCCGCAUGACCACUUCCAUUGUGGUGCCGUCCCCCUUGCCCCGUCCCCUCUUCCGCUCGCCGCGCUGCCUUCCCGUCUCAGUGCCAUGACCGCCAUGCAACGGCAGCAGCAGUCGCGAGUCGUCCAGUAUGGCCACGGCAGGCAGCGCCUGUUCGAGGCCACCCACCUCGACCAGGAAAUUCUGGCUCUUGGGGUCGUUCUUGCCGCGCCGCUUGUUGCGGGGCACGUCACGCUCCACAUGCAGCACCGUGACGGUCUGGUCGUCGAAGAUCUUGGCAAAGCCCUGGGAGAGCUGAGAAACCACAACCACGGUCUGCAGACAAGCCGCGUGUGGAUACGUGUGCUACCUCACCGUGCUGAGUAGCUGCGUAGCAGUCACGUCGUUGGGCACAUUCGUGACGCGAAUCACGUGCAACCAGUUCACUGACAACCAGAAGCUCACGGAAUGUGAAAUACGACUGGCAUGUCCUCCCCUUACUCCUGUGUGCGUCCAACGAAUGCAUGAGACUCUAUACGGCCUUGAUAGUCUCUUGGUGUGUUUCAUGCGACAGCAGCGUUGCCCGACACCGUGAUGGUCCUCAACG